AUGUCCAUGACAGACGCUCCCCGGCGCACCCGCCCAUCGACUGCAACUGCCCGACCUGCUAAGGUGUUGCUCGACACGAAGAUCAAGAGGCGAUCCCCGGCUCAAAAGGCUGCAGAUGACCUUGUCAUCAAAGAAGCGAGAGAAGCAAAGGAAGCAGCGCACCAAAAGGGGGUUGAGCGUAUUGCUGCUCUGCAGGCUGAGAUGGAGAAAGCCCAGAAGGAAUUGAUCAUGAAAAAGGCGACUCCCGUCCGGCCCAAGCCUAGGGCCAAGGCGAUAAAGCCAAAAGUGACUCAGAAAAAGUCUGUGGUAGGAGACACCGGUGGUGGUGACAGUCCUGCUGAUAGUGGUAUGUUGGAGGACCUAGUGUCAGAGACUGACAUUGCCAGGGAUGUGGAAAAUAAAGCUGCAGGAAGGGGGAAAAAGAUGGUGACGAAGAAAGUCGCAAAGACGUUGAUAAGGGAUGCCAUCAGUAACAUGCAAAAGAAGCUCACUGAAUCAUCUGAGUCAAAAGUGGAAGGUGAUGAUGCACGUGCUGAUGGGAAAUCACCUAUCAACACAUCCACAAAACUUGCAUUAGGUGGCCGAGUGACCAACUGGAUCUCAGGGGUCAAACCUGGAAAUCCAGAGCCACUGUCAUGUCCAUCCAUUGAUAGCACUUCAACUCGAGCACCUCCGUCAUCAAUUUUCUCAGAGGGCAAUGCUUCCUCCGCACCGACUUCAGCCGCUGAGCUUCCGACUAAGAUUCCUGCAGCUUUGCCUCAAAUUCCGGAUGGUGUCGCAGACGAUACUCUUACUGGCGCGUUUGCAGAUGAUAUCGACGAUUCGUUGGAGCGUGAGGAUGCUCUCUUGGGGAGCAAGAAAAACAAGGGGAAAUCUAAGGUUGUCACGCUAUACGAAGAGGACUAUGAUGUCGAUGAGCCUGAGGCUCCACCAGAGGCAUCAGACGACUCGGAUGAUGAGCUUAUGGCUCUGUCGACACAAGUAUUACCGGAGGAGCAGUACUCACAGGAGCCUAAGGCGCCAUUCACACAGGAAGACAAUCAUAUGUUCUUGAAGCGGAAAGCUAGCACCAUAGACGAUGAGGAGUCUUUGGUGUCCUGGUCCAUGGAGAUUGAUGGCAAUGCGGAACUGGUAGAAGACGCAAUCAUGAGUUCUGAUUCGGAGGCACCGCUCCCUGUCAAAACUAACGCAGCAAAGAAGGAGAAAAUUCUGCGCACAACAUAUUCAACAUCCGUUACUGCAUCUCAGGCUAUAGUCGACAGCAAGCCGCCAGCUCAUAAAAAGGCUAAGGUCAAAUCUUCCGCACUACAUGCCCGUGGUGCUCCUGCUACCACACGCCAGCAGAAUGCAGAUACUGCACCAGACAACAUCAAAGCACGCAGUGCCUAUCGCACAGUUGACCUACCUCCAGUGAUGCAAAUGGAUCAGCGCUGGGCGAAGAAUUUUAUCCCUACCAUAAUGCUGUGGGCCGGAAGCUAUGAAGAUAUCUGGAGUAUUCCUGACGAGGUCCUUCUCCAUCAUGCGCAGCUUGUUCUUAACGCAGUGUACAACGAUCUCGACAUAGUGGUUGUUCACGGUGGAGUUAUACAUUCACUCACUGCACAGCGCAUUUCAGAGUGGCGCAGCAAUUUUGGCUCCACAGGGCUAGUCAUCAUCAUGGACUUUUUAUCACGAAAUUCCGACAUGAAUCCUGUCAAACUGGCCAAAUCUCUUAAUGUUGAAUGGGCAUUCUUGUUCGAGGACCCGGACAAUCCAUCUCCACUUACUGCAUACCGCUCACCCUUUGUACUGCAGUUAUUUGGCACAGCACACCUCAACGCCAUCACCGGUUAUGUGCAGGUUCCCUCAUUCGACAUGUGCGCACUUGCAACAAGUGGGAUGUUACGGCCUCUUGCUCUUUCUGCUGCAGCGAUUGAGCGCGCUGUCUCCAUGAUCGCAAAUGAAGUACUCGAAGUUCAAAAUGUUCUGUCAUCCGCAUCAAGAGGUCGGGUUAGCAUCAGGCUACCGAAGGUCCUCAACAAAGUUACUGGGAAAAAGACCAACAUUCCGUUUUUAUUUUCGGCAGCUCUCUGGCUUAAACCAACUAAUUCGUACAUCAAAUCUCUGUUAGGCAAGCCUGCUGGGUACCUCGAAACUACAGUACAGAUGGCGCGUACCACCUUGAAUGAUGUCACUGAAACACCGUUGGGCUCGCUGAUCGACGAUGACGAGUCGGAGGAUGACAAGCGUGCUAUGAUUUCACCUGCCAGUGCAUGA